UAUUUUCCGCCCGCCAUCUUAGAAUUUGUGAAAUGUACUAACUGAUUUUUAUCUACAAUAGAAAAUAUUACAGUUACAAGUUUUGUACAUUGGAAUUAUUAUAUCUUUGUGAAAGACAUGUCAUGAAUAUUUUUUGUCAAGUGAGUUCGUAUCAUGGAAGUUGUCGAAUUGCCAGAAGAAACUGUCACUCCCCCACGAAACAACCAGUUCACGGUUGAUGAUCUUGACGUCGAAAUACUCCCGUUGAUUUACGAGAUUAUAAGAAGUGUGGAAAAAGACCCUCACGACACAUCACAGAAGGCUAAAGAGUCUCAGGACACCAGUCAUAAAAUUUUAGAAUUGCAGAAAAAACUGGACUCAGUGAGGUCACAGAUUAAACGAUUGCCAGGAAUCGAAUUCAGCAAGGAAGAUCAGCUCCAAAAAUUAGAAACUCUGAGGAAGCAGUUGAGAUUAAAACGCGAGCUAUUGCUCAAAUAUCGUAACACAUGUACUUUUGAAAUACCAAAAGUUUAGUCUGAAUUAUUAUUACGAUAAAAUUCAAUUCUUAACAUUUUUCCAUUUGUGUGAUAAAUUUAUGAAAAUUAAUAAGUCGUGAGGGAAUUAAAUCUUUGUCGCGAUGGUGUUGAGGUUUUUGAUGCGUUAUCUUGCAAAUAACGAGAAUCUUGUAAAUAAAUUGGCACAAUCAAAGCCUAUGAGACGA